AUGAGUCAAUUACCGACAUAUAAUAAUGGAAAUGAUGGCCUUGUAAUUCGACGUUAUUCAGGUUUUCCACUCAAUUCAACAUUAGUUAGUUCUUAUACACCAGAUACAAUUCGUAGUAUUAUUAGUCAUGCUGCAGCUGGACAACCUUAUUCAACGGCUGUUUGGAUUCGUAUUAAUCGAGUUGGAAUUCAAGUUAAUGCACAAGACCCUCAAGUAGCUCGAACACGUAUACCAGUCUUUAUUCCAAUUGGACUUGUACAUGAUAUAUUUAUGUUACCAAAUAUAAAUAAUGUUAUUUGUAUUGUUUAUGAUGAAUUACAAUCAAAUAUGAAAGGUGUUUUAUUAUAUGUUGUUCAUCCAUCUGAUGCACAAUUAUUACGUGAUGAUUUUCGUAUUGUUAAACAAGCAAAUAAUAGUCAACAAGUUCCACCCGUACCCUAUUCAAGUCCAUUCGAUAAUCGUUUUUCACAAGCAGGUGAUAUUUAUCCAUUUGGUAAUAAUCCAAUGUAUUCUCCACCAACACGAACUAAAUCUCCAAUGUCAAAUGAACUUCAUCGAAAUACAGUAAAUACUCGACAAUCAUCACCAAGACGUAUUAUACGUAUUCGAGAUAAUGAAACAAAUUUUAAUCAAGCUUUAACACCAAUGAUACCUGAACUUGCUUAUAAUUCAAUAAAAGAUAGUUUUACUAAUGGAGAAGAUAGUCAUCGACGUCAUAAAAGUCAAAAAAGAGGUCAAACAUCAUCUUCACCAACUAAACGUUCAAAUGAUAUUGCAAUUAAACGUGAAAGAAAACAUAGAUCACGUUCACCUGAUAAACGUUCAAGAUCAAAAUUACCUAUUAGUAAUAGUAGUCAUGAACUAACAUCAGAAGCAUUUAUACAACAACAACAACAAUUACAACAACAAUGGCUUAUUCAACAACAACAACAACAACAAUGGCUUCUACAACAACAACAACAACAACAACAAAUGGCAGCUAUGCAAACUGCUCAACAAACGCCACCAGUUCCUAUUGGUAUUUAUAAUCGUUACGUUCCAAAAACUAUUCCAUUACCAACAGGUGAAACACUUAAGACAGCUCUACCAUCACCAGGCUUGAAUGGUGCAGCAAUGAAUGGUACAGCUAUAGCUUAUAUUGAACCACAACAAACUACUAAUACCAAUGAUACUCAUAAUGUACCAUCUCCUAUGCCUUCAAAUUCUUAUCAACGUCAACAAAGAAAUCGUUCAUUAACUACUGCAGUAUCACCUGUCUAUAUGCAAUCGACGCAUCAUCAUCAUCAUAGUCGUCAUCAUCAUCAUCGACAUCUUGCUGAUGAUUAUAUAGAAGGUUUAUCAAAACCUGAUGCAAAUAAUAUAUAUGGUAAUGUAACACAUACAUCACGAUCACGUCCAAAAUAUUCUGCAUUAAAAGAUAAUCAUAAAACAGAAGAUAGUGAAGAUGAAACAAAACAAUAUUUAAAAAUGUUAGUUGAUGAAAUGCAAGCAAUGAAAAUUGAAAUGAAUAAAAUACGACAAUCAACUCUUGAUACAUCAAAAGGACGUUCAGAUUCAUUACAAGGAGAUUUAAAAGAAAUUCGUGCACACAUUGAUCGUAUUCGUUCACGAAUGGCUGCAACACCAAAAGUUUCUGAAAACUAA